GUUUUGUAGUUUGAUUUCUCUCCUAAUGGAUAUAUAGAUUAAUUGAAGAUAUUAUUUUUAGAUGAAGGUGUAUUCUUUUUGCUUGGCGAAUGCCCAUACCUUCUACUUAAAUACGAAUCAUCUAAACAAAUAAAUAAUUUGAUCUAAACUAUUUUUUAUUUAAACAAAUAUAAAACUAUGUUUGGAUUGGAUUAUCUACAUAAAUACUAUGCCUAUUAGACAGUAAAAUUAGAAUUAUGGAUAUUAAAUGAAUUAAAUAGUUUAAAUUUAAAGUAAUUGACUUUGAAUUUUUAUGAGACUGACUACGCGUUUAACAUUUCAGGAUUUAAUUCUAUCAUUUAAUUAAAUUUAGAAUUAUUUUAUUUUAAUUCUUAUCAAUAUAAACUUCCUUAAAUGAUAGAAUAAAUUAAAUUAAAAAAUAUAAAUACUAUUAAAUUAACAUUUAUAGAUUCUAUUUGGGAAAUCAAGCCCAAAGAGAGGUAGCUUUGUGCUUUAUACAAACUUAAGAACCUUGUAAAUGUUAUAUUUUAACAAGAUAAAAAUAGUAAAAAUUGUGAUUAUGGAAGGUUUGAUUCAAUAGAAUAUAUUGAUUAUUCUUUUUGA